AGCAUCUGGCCCCACCCAGCUCCUCCCUCUGGGGUGUAUUAGGAAGAGGGGGGCCUUCGGUCACUCAGGAGUUAAAAUGACAGUGGGCCAGGAAGGGGGUGGCGUGGCACGCAGACUGGGAGGAGGAGACCGGAGUGGGCUGGGAGGUUGGGAGAGCGGCGGCGGAGCGAGCGAGGAGGGCGAGCGAGAAGCCGGGAGAAGGGGCGCACGCGGAGGGGGGCGCCGCGAGGGCCUGCUCGGUGCACUUGUCUACGAGCGGCGCGCAGAGGGAGCGCCCGGCUCUCUCCCGCCUUCCUCAGGCCACGACGCGCACGAAGGGCGGUGCGGAGCCGGUGGCGCCGAGAGCGCAGAGAGGGGGUAGGGAAGAGACUGCUUUUCUGCCAUCGCCUUCACCCGGCUCUGCCCUCGGAACCACUCCCUGGAAAACUCCGCCGCCAGGAAAGCGCCGCACGACCCUCCCCCGGCUUGGCGGAGCGCACCCAGGGAGGGCGCGGACGAGCCUCCCUAGCCCAGCCCCGGGCUGGAGCCGAGGCGGUGCGCGGUGGCUGACGGCGGCUCCAGGACCCCGGGCGGCACCCGCCGGGGCUGCCCCUGAUGGGACGCAGUGAUGAGUGAGCAGGCCUGCCCCCAGCAGACAAGGAUGAGGAGCCGCUCCCCAGAGGGCAAGAAGUGAUGCCUACCCUUCCCAACAGAGAAUGACUGGCCUGGGUGGCUGGUGCCCUGGGCCCUGGCCGGGCUGCUGAUCCUCAGCCUGCAAAACACUAAGAGCAGGACUCCAGACUCUUCCCGUGGAUGGUCCCCUGCCCUGCAGCUCCACCAUGAGGCUCCUCGUGGCCCCCCUCUUGCUAGCUUGGGUGGCCAGUGCCACUGCCGCCGUGCCUGUGGUACCCUGGCAUGUGCCCUGCCCCACUCAGUGCGCCUGCCAGAUCCGGCCCUGGUACACACCCCGCUCAUCCUACCGCGAGGCCACCACUGUGGACUGUAAUGACCUAUUCCUGACAACGGUGCCCCCGGCCCUGCCCGCGGGCACGCAGACCCUACUGCUACAAAGCAACAGCAUCGUCCGUGUGGACCAGAGCGAGCUCAGCUACCUGGCCAAUCUGACUGAGCUGGACCUGUCCCAGAACAGCUUUUCGGACGCCCGGGACUGUGAUUUCCGUGCCCUGCCCCAGCUGCUGAGCCUGCACCUGGAAGAGAACCAGCUGACCCAGCUGGAGGACCACAGCUUCGCAGGGCUGGGCAGCCUGCAGGAGCUCUAUCUCAACCACAACCAGCUCUACCGCAUCGCCCCCAGGGCCUUCGCCGGCCUCAGCAACCUCCUGCGGCUGCACCUCAACUCCAACCUGCUGAGGGCCAUCGACAGCCGCUGGUUCGAGAUGCUACCCAACUUAGAGAUCCUCAUGAUCGGUGGCAACAAGGUGGAUGCCAUCCUGGACAUGAACUUCCGGCCCUUGGCCAGCCUGCGCAGCCUUGUGCUAGCGGGCAUGAACCUGCGGGAGAUCUCCGACUACGCCCUCGAGGGGCUGCAGAGCCUGGAGAGCCUGUCCUUCUAUGACAACCUGCUGGCUCGGGUGCCCCGGCGGGCGCUGGAGCAGGUGCCCGGGCUCAAGUUCCUAGACCUGAACAAGAACCCACUCCAGCGGGUGGGGCCGGGGGACUUUGCCAACAUGCUGCACCUCAAGGAGCUGGGGCUGAACAACAUGGAGGAGCUGGUCUCCAUCGACAAGUUCGCCCUGGCGAACCUCCCCGAGCUGACCAAGCUGGACAUCACCAACAACCCCCGGCUGUCCUUCAUCCACCCCCGCGCCUUCCACCACCUGCCACAGAUGGAGACCCUCAUGCUCAACAACAAUGCUCUCAGUGCCUUGCACCAGCAGACGGUGGAGUCCCUCCCCAGCCUGCAGGAGGUGGGUCUCCACGGCAACCCCAUCCGCUGUGACUGCGUCAUCCGCUGGGCCAACGCCACGGGCACCCGUGUCCGCUUCAUCGAGCCACAGUCCACACUGUGCGCCGAGCCACCAGACCUCCAGCGCCGUCCGGUCCGUGAGGUGCCCUUCCGGGAGAUGACGGACCACUGCCUGCCCCUCAUCUCCCCGCGCAGCUUCCCCCCCAGCCUCCAGGUGGCCAGUGGAGAGAGCGUGGUGCUGCACUGCCGGGCGCUCGCGGAACCAGAACCUGAGAUUUACUGGGUCAGUCCAAUGGGGGUUCGACUGACGGCUCCCCGUGCAGGCAGAAGGUACCGGGUAUACCCAGAAGGGACCCUGGAGCUGCGGAGGGUGACGGCGGAGGAGGCGGGGCUGUACACCUGUGUGGCCCAGAACCUGGUGGGGGCUGACACCAAGACGGUUAGUGUCGUCGUUGGCCAGGCUCCCCCGCAGCCAGGCAGGGGCGAGGGAUGGGGGCUGGAGCUCCGGGUGCAGGAGACCCAUCCCUAUCGCAUCCUGCUGGCCUGGGUCCCCCCACCCAAUACAGUCUCCACCAACCUCACCUGGUCCAGCGCCUCCUCCGUCCGGGGCCAAGGGGCCACUGCUCUGGCCCGCCUGCCCCGGGGCACACACAGCUACAAUAUCACCCGCCUCCUUCAGGCCACGGAGUACUGGGCCUGUGUGCAAGUGGCCUUCACUGAUGCCCACACCCAGUUGGCCUGUGUCUGGGCCAGGACUAAAGAGGCCCCUCCUUGCCGCAGAGCCUUAGGGGACCGGCCUGCCCUCAUAGCCAUCCUGGCUUUCACUGCCCUCCUGCUGGCAGCCGGGCUGGCAGCCCACCUGGGCACGGGCCAGCCCAGGCAGAGGAUAGGCGGACGGCCUCUCCUUCCAGCCUGGGUUUUCUGGGGCUGGAGAGCCCCCUCAGUCCGGGUAGUGUCUGUACCCUUUGUCCUGCCCUGGAAUCCUGGGAGGAAGCCAUUGAGAUCUUCAGAAGGGGAAGCACUGUCACCAGCACUGUCUCAAAACUCAUGAAACUCAGCCUGUUCUGAGCAGCAGAGAAAUAAGUAGGACUACUUUUUACCAAAAGGGCAGCAGUCUCGGCUGUGUGCCCGGCCAGGAAAGUGACACGGACCCUGCGCUUGAGGCCUGCUACCUGGACCAAGACGAACAGGGCUUUGUGGCC